AUGAGCAUCAUUGUUUGGAAUUGCCAUGGGCUUGGGAACCCACGGAUAGGUAAAGAGCUUGAAGUAGUGAUUCGAGCAAAAGAUCCCUCCGUCGUGUUUAUAGCCGAAACGUGGGCGGAUGAAGCAAGGCUACAAGAGAUCAAACGCAAUAUUGAUUUUGAGAACUUAUUUUUUGUUGAGAGAAAUAACAGGGGUGGAGGUCUAGCACUAUUUUGGCGAAACUCUGUUGACCUGAGCGUUGAUUCCUCUUCACCAAACCAUAUAGACUCUAUUAUAAAUAAGGGGAAGGAAGAAGUAUGGAGGUUCACAGGAUUUUACGGUGAGCCAGUGACGCAUAAAAGAAUGGAUUCAUGGGAGAAACUUCGGCAUUUACAUAAUAAAUUUAAUCUCCCUUGGCUGUGCGCCGGGGAUUUUAAUGAGAUCAUUCAAAGCUCUGAAAAAUUGGGAGGUAGUAACAGAGGCCAAACACAGAUGCAAUUAUUCCGGGAUGUAGUGGAUGAGUGCGGAUUUAUCGACCUUGGUUUCUCAGGUCCCUGGUACACUUGGCAGAAACACUUCUCUGCAGGCCACUCGAUCUGGGAGAGACUUGACUGUGCUUUAGCUACUAAUGAUUGGUUGCUGAAAUUUGCAAGUACAAAAGUCCACCAUCUCAAGGCAGACACCUCAGAUCAUAGCCCACUAUGGAUUGAUAUGGAGGGCCUAAAUUUCCAGUCUAUAUCCAAACCUUUCCGUUUUGAAGAGGCAUGGCUUUCUGACCACACAUGCUCGUAG